AUGAUCCUGGAGAAGUGCCAGCCGCCGGAGUGGAAGGCAGAGAUGGAGGGGAACGGCAUGAGCACACAAUCCAUGGGAGGCCUGUUCACUGUGUGGAACGAGUGGGAAAUCCGCGUGCUUGUGCUCACCAGCCUCGCGCUGCAGGUGUUCCUCCUCUUCUCCGCCGGCAUCCGGAAGCGCAACGUCUCCGCCUUGCUCAGCGUGCUGCUCUGGCUCGCCUACCUGCUCGCGGACUCCAUUGCCAUCUACGCGCUCGGGUACCUCUCCCAGACGCGCGUGCCCAGAGGCGCCUGCGACGAUGCACAGUUGCUCUUCAACCGCAACCACCGCAUCCAGGUCUUCUGGGCGCCAUUCCUGCUCCUUCACCUUGGUGGUCAGGACACCAUCACCGCUUUCUCCAUUGAAGAUAACGAGCUCUGGAAGCGUCACCUGCUCAGCCUGCUGUCGCAGGUUGCCCUUGCUGUCUACGUCUUCUCCAAGUCGCGCCCUGGUGCCGAUAUCCUAUACCCGGCCGUGUUCAUGUUCCUGAGCGGCAUUCUUAAGUACGGCGAGAGGACAUGGGCGCUCAAGUGCGCCAGCAUGGACAACCUGCGGAGCGGCAUGGUCACCAUGCCGGACCCGGGCCCCAACUACGCCAAGUUCAUGGAGGAGUAUCGCUUCACACGUGAGGCGGGGCUCCGGGCGGAGAUCAUCAUCGAGUCAGAGCGACGUGCUGGGGUCACCGCCCCGGCAAUCACAGAGGAGACCGUACCUUACGCCACGGUCAUCACCGAGGCGCGGUGCUUCUUCGUGACCUUCAAGCGCCUGUUCGUGAACCUCAUCCUCAGUUUCCAAGACCGUACCAUGAGCCAGGCCACGUUUCUGCGGCUGAUGCCGGAGCAGGCGUACAAGAUCAUCGAGAUCGAGCUGUCCCUCAUGUAUGACACCCUGCAUUCCAAGGCGGCGGUGAUGCACACCUGCUAUGGCCGCCUGUUCCGCUGUGUCACGCUCGUCUCCACGACGACAGCGUGCGUCUUCUUCAAUGUGCUACACAAGGGUCGACGCGGGUCGUAUGACGGCAUCGAUGUCCUCAUCACCAAUCUGUUAUUCGGAGGAGCGCUUUGCUUGGAGGUUUCUGCCAUUGGUAUGAUGCUUGUAUCAUACUGGACAUACGCAGCUCUGAAAGGUUCCAUCUGCCAUUCGCUGAGCCAUCUAAUCCUCCGGUGCAUAAAGUAUUUCCGGCCAGAAAGCCGGGCGAAGUGGUCCAAUUUGAUGGCGCAGCACAACCUCAUCAGCUUUUGCCUCCAUGACAAACCAACGCUGAUCACCAAGAUCCUGACGCUGCUCGGACUCAAAGGGCACUGGGACAGUUGGCUAUACAUCUGGCACAUAGACGUGUCGUCCGAGCUGAAGAUCUCGGUGUUCAGGGAGCUGAAAGACAAGGCGCUCAGCAUCGUCGACACUGAGAGUUACCGCAAGUUCAGCAACCACAGGGGCCAGUGGGCGCUCCAGUGCAAGGGCUACUACAAGGAGCUCGGCUGGAGCGUCGAGGCGGAGUUCGACGAGAGCAUUCUCCUCUGGCACAUCGCCACGGACCUCUGCUUCUACUCGGACGACGACAACGACGACGCCAAGCUCACCGAGUAUGUCAGCAUCAGCAGGGCGGUGUCGAACUACAUGCUUUUCCUGCUCGUGGCCCGGCCGUUCAUGCUGACUGCGGGCAUCGGGCAGAUCCGGUUCGGCGACACGUGUGCGGAGGCCAAGAACUUCUUCGGGCGGGAGGCCGCACGCCCGGUGAGCGUGCCGCGGCAAGGAUGGUGCUGGAGGUGA